GGGGCGGUGACCGGGCAGGCUGGGUUGUGUCGGUUCCCCGGUGAUUGCGCGCUGGGGGCUGAGGCGAUUUCGGGCGUUCGGACGAUGUCGUGACGUAGCGUGGCGACAGCGUUGACGGCGUGAGCGCACCCCCGUGGAGGGAGCCCUACGGCCGCGGGGGAGGCGCGGACAGGAGGCAGGCUGCAGUUUGGGGCGUUCGCGGAGCCCUUCAGUGGGUGGGGGAGGGGCGGUGGACGGCCCCCGUCUGCGCGUGCGCCGGCCCCUCUGCUGACCCGGCCGCACGCGCGCGCAUGCUCGCUGCACGCGGAGCCGCCGUGGCCGGUCGUACUGCGCCUGCGCGCGGAGCCGCCCGCUGAGGAGAGGCGCUGGCGGACGUCGGGCGGGUGGCCGUGACGUCGUGAGGAGCGCUUUAAAGUGCGGGCCGAGCCGGGCGUCCGAGGGUCCGGCCAGGAGUCGGGCCGAGCCUCCGCGGCCGCCCUGCGCGGCAUGAGGCCCUGCCGGCGCCCCUGCCCCCCGGGACGCGGAGAAGGCGGAGGAGGAGGGAGCCUCGUCGCCGUCGCCGCAUGACUCGCCGCCCCUGAGGCCGACCCGCCGCCCCUCGACGCCCCUGCUGGGCGGCGCGGCCUCGCUCGCGGGCCUGGCGCUGAGGGCCUCUGCGGCCCGGGGCCCGGGCGCGUCCCCCAGAGCCAUGCCCGGCCGCCCCGCCCGCCGCGGAGGGCCCUAGAGCAGCGGCGUGGACCAUGGCGGCCGCCAGCGGCUACACGGACCUGCGGGAGAAGCUCAAGUCCAUGACGUCCCGGGACAACUACAAGGCGGGCAGUCGGGAGGCCGCGGCCGCGGCCGCCGCCGCAGUGGCCGCCGCCGCUGCCGCCGCCGCCGCGGCCGAGCCCUACGCGGCGCCCGGGGCCAAGCGCAAGUACCCAGAGGACUCGGACCCCGAGCGCAGCGACUUCGAGGAGCAGCAGCUGCAGAAGGAGGAGGAAGCGCGCAAGGUGAAGAGCGGUAUCCGCCAGAUGCGCCUGUUCAGCCAGGACGAGUGCGCCAAGAUCGAGGCCCGCAUCGACGAGGUGGUGUCCCGCGCCGAGAAGGGCCUGUACAACGAGCACACGGUGGACCGGGCCCCGCUGCGCAACAAGUACUUCUUCGGCGAGGGCUACACGUACGGCGCCCAGCUGCAGAAGCGCGGACCCGGCCAGGAGCGCCUCUACCCGCCGGGCGACGUGGACGAGAUCCCCGAGUGGGUGCACCAGCUGGUGAUCCAGAAGCUGGUGGAGCACCGCGUCAUCCCCGAGGGCUUCGUCAACAGCGCCGUCAUCAACGACUACCAGCCCGGCGGCUGCAUCGUGUCUCACGUGGACCCCAUCCACAUCUUCGAGCGCCCCAUCGUGUCCGUGUCCUUCUUCAGCGACUCCGCGCUGUGCUUCGGCUGCAAGUUCCAGUUCAAGCCUAUCCGGGUGUCGGAGCCCGUGCUUUCCCUGCCGGUGCGCAGGGGGAGCGUGACUGUGCUCAGUGGAUACGCUGCUGAUGAAAUCACUCAUUGCAUCCGGCCUCAGGACAUCAAGGAGCGCAGAGCCGUCAUCAUCCUCAGGAAGACGAGAUUAGAUGCACCCCGGUUGGAAACAAAGUCCCUGAGCAGCUCCGUGUUACCACCCAGCUAUGCCUCAGAUCGUCUGUCCGGAAACAACAGGGACCCCGCUCUGAAACCCAAGCGGUCCCACCGCAAGGCAGACCCUGAUGCUGCCCACAGGCCUCGGAUCCUGGAGAUGGACAAGGAGGAGAACCGGCGCUCGGUGCUGCUGCCCACACACCGGCGGAGGGGCAGCCUCAGCUCGGAGAACUACUGGCGCAAGUCCUACGAGCCCGGGGAGGACUGCUCGGAGGCGGCGGGCAGCCCCGCCCGCAAGGUGAAGAUGCGGCGGCACUGAGGCCUGAGCCUCCGGGACUCGGCUUGAUCCUCACUAGCUGCCCCUCCUUUUGUUGCGUUUUGAGGGGUUUUUCCUUUCCUUUUCUUUUUUUGAUUCUUAUAUUUUUUUCCUUGGUUUGUUGCCUGUUAAGGCUGAAGAACAGAAUUGGCCAGGACCUGGUUCUCGUGUUCUUGGUUUUCCUCCUGGAUGGAAAGGCUGUUGGCAUCUGUAGGCACAGAAGCUCACGCUGGAGUGGCCAGUGGAGGCGUGGGGGGCAGCUGUCCUCACGUGGGGCUGUGUCUGGCUGGGUUUAUUUAAAAGCAACAAAAUGUUUUGGUUUAGAAAAAUUCUUGUUUUGCUUUAAAUGUAAAUCUUCUUAGUGUUGUAAAUGACGUUCAAUCUCCUCCCCCUCCCCCCACUGUCUGCGAUGGGUUGAGGUCUUGCCGGCUCUGCAGGGGGCCUGCUGCCCUCCCACCCCUCACUUGCUCUCCAGGCCCCAGCAGCUCCCGCAGAUACCCGCUCCUCCUGCAGCAAUUGUUAGGGAUGAACCGGGCAGAGGCCUAGGUAGUGCCAGCCCCUGAGCUGUUCAGUUGGCUGAGACCCCGGGCUUCCUGCAUGCCCUCUGGCCUGCUCUGCCUACGGGUCCCUGGGCUGCCCAGGGGCCGGCUGCAGUGGUCCUGACCUCUUGCCAGGAGCCUGCCUCUUUGCUGGGUUGCUCCUUUUAAGCAUACACGUGUGAUUGUGUGGAACAGUUAGACUUGCCGUGUUGGGGCAGUUUUAGGAAUUGUUUCUAGCUGGAGGGACUGGUGUCCUUCUGAGUCUAGUGUUUGGGCUAUGGAAAAUUGUUGUGGUGUGUGGUAGGGUUUUUGUUUUCUUUUGUUCUGAGUUUUCAUUUUUUCCUUUGGUCUCCUGGCUUUUUCCUUUCCCUUUCCUUUCUUCUCCAUCGGCCCUCCUUGGGCCUUCUCCCUAUGUCAGUCCCCAUAGGAAGCUGCCCGCCCCCUCUGUCCGCCUGCAGGAUGCAUCCAAGGCCAGAGCUCAGGCCUGCAGACUGGGUUGGUGCCUCCUCCGCCUCAGGGGCAUGAGAGCUGGGGAAGGAAGGGUCCUUUAAAAAAUAAUAAUGAAAGGGAAAAAAUAAGUGAAGUCUUCGGCAGUUUCCACCUGCUCAGAUCCUUGAAGGCUGCAAGGUUUUGCUGAUCUGGGUUCAUUAGGAAUGUCUUCUUGCCAGCCAGGGCCAAGACCCAGGCCUGCUGAGAGCAGAGGCCCUCCCAGUCCCCAGGCUGCUACCAUCCCAGGGGGCUAGUCUUACAGAAGAGGCUGCAGAAAGCUGGGGGGCAGCCACCAUCAAGAAGCCCCUCUCAGGGGCCAGAGCUCCUUUGCCAGUGUGGAUUCCUCAAGUCGGGACUGCAUAACUAAAGCAGUUGCAGUUUUUUGUUUUUUUUUUUUUUACAGCUUUUUUCCCAAAAAUGAUUUGUAGUUGUGUGUGCAGCACUUUGCCCUGAUAUGUGUGCUCUACAAUAAAAACCAAAUCUAAUAUAUUUUGAAACAGUUGUCUGAUGCUGUCGUAAGAGAGGACUUGCCUUUGGUUCUUCCUUAAUCCCUUUGUUUUGCCCUGAAACUCUGAAGGGGGUGAGGGGGCGGAGUUCAUUGCCCACCGAGGCCGCAGAGGAGAGGAGCAGUUGCUGGCGCAGGGCUGAGGACGGGCUCGCCCACUGUCUUUUCUCCAACUGCAAGGAGGAUGGACUUCGUGUAAGCCGUAUGUCCAGGUGCCCAGGGCACCGUGGGCCCACAGGAGCCAGGAUCCUAUUGUGCUGAGUUCUGGAAGCCCGUCUUCCUUGGGGUGAUCAGAGAGGCUGCGGGCCAGUGGAGGAGGAACAGCACGAGCAAAGGCAGGAGAGGGCCUGGCCUCUGUAGACAACACGUAGGUGGUUUUGCUCAUUAAACAAAUUCUGGAGUUCUGCUGUAUGCUGGCCAAGCCCUUACUGGGGCCCCAUAGUGAGCAGAACCCUUCCAGCCCCUGCUCUCAAGAUGAGCACGGUAGAGCGGUGCAUGCAGAUCCAGGCUUGAGGCAGAGGGGCUUGGGUAGAGUAGGGGUGGGGUCCGGGGGGUUUAGUCCCUCCAGAUCCUGGACCUGGCUCCCAGGCUCUGGUCAGGGGCUUUGGUCUAGAGUCUCCCUCAUUCACUUCCAGUGCCCAGAGCCAGUCUGCUUGGCCAAAUUCUUGCUGUGAAAGCCUGGCAAGCCACAUAACUCCCCAUUUAACAGGGAGGGGAGAGUCCAGAGGGAGCAAGUGAGUGGCCAGGGCUCAGGCCUGCAAAUCAGUGACAGGAUGUGAAGUGGGGGUGGGGUGGGCAGAGCCUCCUUGGGGUCUGUGGCCAGUUGGGCCUGCAGGGGUAGCCACGGGGCUGGGCGGAUAGGGCCCUGGAUGCCCCGGAGAGGAGACAUUGGAGCUGAGGGAAAGGUCACCCACACCGUGCCUGGGCCCCUGACUCGGGUCACGGGAUGGGGGCUCGUGCGGAGGGCUGGGGAGCUGCGAGGGAUUCUCCACUGCAGCUGUGAUAAAGCCAGACCUGGGUUCUUCCUAGUGAGUGAAGGAGGCCCUUUGCCUUGAGGACUGAGGGAUGAGGCCAGAGGAACGGGGUCCAGCCCUCGGAGGUCCUGCUGUGUCUCUGGCGCUGGCUUCUGUCCCUGUACAGCGGUUCCAUGGCACCCCGUCUCUGGGACUGUGAGAAUCCUCUGAGUAGUUCCCAAGCAGAUGCGGGGGCCGUAUCUGAGUCCCUGAAUCUGACUGUUCCCAGCCCUCUGCUGGGGCACUAGCUAGCUGUUUGGGCCACGUGCUGAGUCCCAUCUCUGCUCCCAGCCCAGGCUUGUAUACAGAGGUGCUCUAACAACAUCAGGCUCCAGCCCUUCCCAGCUGCGGAACCCAUCCCAUUCCUAUAAUCCUGUUGUGUGGUGGGGGAAACUGAGGCCCAAAGUCACAUUCAUUCAUUCAAAAAAUACGAGUGUCCGACUGUGCUGAGCUCUGCUGAGGGUACAGGACAACCUGGUGUGUGUCACAUACACACACACACAUAAGGUUAUUGUAGAUCGUACUGAUAGAUGUGUAGCACAUGAAUUACCAGUAAUAAAACAUAGUACUCUUUAAGUUCUGUUUAGCCAGCUGUUUCUCACAGAAUGCUUUUAUUGAUUUUAGUUGUUGUUGAGUUCUUGUAUUUGUAGCUCACCUGUGGUGGUAAUUCAGCCACAAUAUGGUAAACGGAGCUGCAUCCCAUCUACCUGUAUUAGUUUCCUGUGGCUGCUGAAACAGAUCGCAACACGUCCGGGGGCUUAAAACAACAGACGUUUAUUUUCUCACAGUUUGGAGGUCAGAAAUCCAAAAUCACCACCAGUGGGCUGGAAUCAGUGUGGCAGGCCCAUGCUUGCGUCUGACAGCUCCCGGCGGCUGUAGACAUUCCUUGACUUGUGGCCACAUAACUCUCGUCUCUGCCUCUGUGGCCACAUGGCCUCCUCUUCUGUGUCCCAGAUCUCCUCUGCCUCUCCCUCAUUACAGCCUCCCUUGAUAACCAAAAAUAAUCUCCCCAUGUAAAGAUCUUUAAUCACAUUGGCAAAGUUAAAAAAUGUUUAAAAAAUUUUACAUUCCAGGGAUUGAGACCUGAUACCUUUGGGGGCCACUGUUCAGCCUACUACUACCCUGCUCUCUUCCCAGUAAGUUUGUCCUUAAAUUUGAUACAUGACCUACUGAUUACUCACUGAUGAACAGAUUGUUAGUGGGAUUGAAAUGUUUCAGCCUCAGUAUUAGUUUUAAAUUUAAUCUGCAUCGUUAAUAUUUUCUCCACCCAUUUCUUAAGUCUAGACCUGUGCUGUCCAAUACAUAGCCACUGGAAGCUCGGCUGUUGAGCACCUGAAGAAACGUGGCUGGUUUGAAUUGAGUUGUGCUUUAAGCGUAAAAUAACACACCAGAAUUUGAAGAGUUAGUACCAAAAAAAGAGUGUAAAAAAUAUCAUUAGUUACUUUAUAUUGAUUACAUGGAAAUGAUAAUAUUUUGGACAUACCUGGGUUAAAUAAAGUAUGCUAUUUAAUUUUA